AUGGCCCUCUGGCCCUUCCGUCGGCGGAGCCGCAGAAAGAGGCCCCGUAGUGGGAACCAGUCUGAGGGCGAAGGUGCUUCAAGGGGCGCGCCAGACGACCAGGCCCGUGCCCGCAGCAGGAGGAAAACCGAGCCUGUCAACCCCGGCGCCUCGGACCCCCUGCCGACUGCCCCGAUCCCAAUCAAGAGACAACCAAACAAGCUACACCGUCGAGAACGUACCUACAGCUUCGAGGAAGGGAGGGACGAUGACCUGGUGGUCCACCGGCAGAGACCCAGUCGGAAAACAGGGGCAAGGGUGGCCUCCCAGGGUCCAGCGGGCCCCCGCGCCCACUCUCGUUCAAAAGAGUCGGGCAUCCUCAAUCCAACCGACUCCUCUGUCUUCAACUCCGACAACUUCCCAAGGAUGCCCACCCUACACAACAAACGCAAUGGCGAGCACCUGCCGCCAAAGAAGUCGAGCAAGCGGAGGAAGGCCGACCAUGCUCGCGAGCAGGAGAUCAAGGCCAUGGCCAGUUUCGAGCCAAUGCGACCGGCAGCCGAGCCAUGGCAGACUGGUCGACCCAUGAAGCGGGACAGCAGACGGGUCAAGACCGGGCUCGGACUUGGCUUCCGGCGGUCUUGGGAGAAGGAACACCCGACCUCCGACAUAUCACUACCCAUGCCCGGAAGCAUUCACUCCAGCCUGUCCUCUGAUUCAGAGCAGGUCUCAUUCAAGGUGUCGGCCCUGGAGGCUCUGGCCCCUCGGCCCACCUUGAGGUAUGCCGUCUACCCUCGUUAUGGCACACCACCCACCGGGUCAGGUCGCCACCUGUCAGCAAAGAACAAGUUGUCCGAGAAGGAGCCAAUUCCCGAGGCGACACUCAAGGCACACAAGCGGAUCGAUGACCUCGCCGACGAUCUCACCGCGAGUGACCUGAGAGAGUUGAUGGAGCGCGAUGAGCGCAGGAGAGCAAAGAAACGGGAACGAGACCAAGAAAGGAUGGAACGGAGACUGGCCAGGAGGGCCGAGAAGGAACGGGCAGCCGAGAGGGAAGGGAGGCAUUCGCCACCCAACAUGGAAAGAGGCGUGCUCGGUCGUGAGUCGGUCGGUCUGGGCAUCGGCCCAGAGUCCGCUGUCGUGACAUCCUCGAAAAAGAGAAAAUCGCCUAGUCCCACAGCAAAACAGCUGGGUAAGCGUCCUGCCGCGGACAUGGAGGACGACCACGACAGCGAUGACGGCGCCGGCAAUGGACCUCUCGACCACUUCCACAGGACCGACAGCAUGCCGCUGGAUCGAGUCUCCGUGGUCAACGGCUCGGAGCCGCAACCCGAGGGACCACGACCGGAACGGACCGGGAGCCCGAGGAAGAAGAUUGCUUUGAUGUCGAGGAUAUCGAGGUCAAAGUCUCCUCACCCAUCUGAGCCUGCCAAGACCGAUGUAUCAGACUCGCUCAGGAAGGUCUCUGAAGGCAGCUCUGGUCCAGCAAGACCAAGGCGGUCAUGGACCAAGCUUUUCAGAUGGGGUAGCAGGUCGAAGCGCAACUCCGGCCCAUCCUCAUUUUCCAACACUUCUCGGGAUUCGAUGUCGGCGAAUCAUGUGCCAGCACCUCCUAUCUCGGCAGCCUUGACACGCAAACUUAGCAGCAAUGUGCCAAAGAGGACCAUGUCUCGCUUCCGCGAAGACCUACCGGAGCUGCCUUUAUCGCCACCGCACUCGCCUGACGCCGAGCCUCUACCACCCGCAAUUAUCGAACAGGACUCACCGGAGCUCGAAGCCAACCCUCGUCUCGAGGAGACGAUGCCGAAGCGGCGAGACACACCAAUGUCACCAGAAGAAGGUGUCGUGGGAAGCGUCCCGCCCAGUGUGCCGACAUCGCUUGAUCCAUCUCCCGAACCACAAGCGAUGUCGUUGAACUCCGUGGAUUCUGAGGGUGCGUGGUUUGGAAAAAGAAUGACGCCCCGUCGGUCGAUCCCCACGCCAGUCUCGCCCCCUCGCUUUGAGCACCACCGGUCACCGUCUAUGAGCUCCGAUGGCUCGUCACACCACGAUCCAGACCUUCCAACCCAGGAGAUACAGGAUGAGGGGGCGGCUUAUAUGGACGAUGAUGAGUACCUCGAUCGCUUUGCAAACCACCGGAGCUCAGACUCUCAUGUCACCAACGCCCGUCCAUCUUCAGACGAACUUGACGAUCCUCGCUGGGGCACUGUCGGGGGCCAGCAACCCAAGGUAGUUGCUGGGGACUUCGUCAAAAGCCGCGAGGGGUUGCUCAAUACCUUUUCUGACGCCGGUGACGCUAGCGACCUGAGUGACGAUGACAUAGAGGUCCAUCUUGAGGACAGUGAAAACGGCCUGAAGCGAGCAACAAGCAUUACUCGACAAAAGGGAAAUGCCAAGUUGCUCCAGAUCUCGCCGCGUAACUCUGAGGACGCAAGGAGGAGAAUCUCAGCCAGCUAA